AUGGCUUGGAAUCCCGCGCAAGGAUUUUUUUCUGAUCAAAAUUCUCAGAAUAAUUAUUAUAAUCCAGUUAAUAAUGAUCAACAGCAAUAUUAUCCACAAACGUUUGAUCAAUCCGGCCAAUAUUAUCAACAUUCAAACCAACAACAAACACAAGCACUUUAUCCAACACAUUUUAUCCCACAACAACAAUAUCAGACUGUAGGUGGUAAUUUUAUGCCAUCAUCAAAUCCAGUAGGAUUUUAUAAACCGAGCGAUUAUUUAAAUCAAAAUUCACAACAGAAUGAUCCAACAAUUCCCGAUGAGUUGAUCGAUGAGCCACCAUUGUUGGAAGAAUUAGGAAUUAAUUUUGAUCACAUAUUUAUGAAAACUAGAUCAGUAUUAAAUCCAUUUUCUAGACCAGAUGCAGCAAUUUUAGAUGAUAUUGAUUUAGCCGGUCCAUUAGUAUUUUGUUUAGCAUUUGGUUUUAGUCUACUACUGUUGGGUAAAAUACAUUUUGGUUAUGUCUACGGCAUUGUUCUUAUUGGAUGUGUUGCCAUGUAUGGUUUAUUAAAUAUGAUGUCUGAAAAACCUUGUUCAGGAAUUUAUGUCACUAGUGUACUUGGCUAUUGUCUACUGCCAAUGGUUUUAUUAUCAUUUUCAUCAUUUAUAUUCAAAUUAAAUGGUCCUAUUGGACUUAUUAUCGCAGCAUUUUUUAUAUUUUGGUGUUCAACAUCAGCUUCUAAACUAUUUUCUACUUCACUAUCAAUGAUCGGACAACAAGUACUCGUUGCCUUUCCAUGUUGUCUAUUCUAUGGCGUUUUUGCUUUAUUAACCAUUUUUUAA